AUGCAGACGUUGAGCGACGCCCUCUUGCACAACAACAACCUUCCUCCGCCGCCGCCUGUCGGGAAUCGAGAUGUGGGCCGCUUAGUUUCUGGGCAUAGGCCACCCGUCUUUGCCGGAGAAGAGGACCCUGUCCUGCUUGAGGAGUGGAUCAGGUCCUUGGACAAUAUUUUCGCUGUGGUGGGUUGUCCGGAUGAUCGCCGCGUCGAGUUGGCUACGUUCUACUUUAGCCACGAGGCAGACCUUUGGUGGGUGCAUGAAGGUCCAGCGUGCCAAGAAGAGCCAGGUUUCGAUUGGUCAGCUUUGAAGGAUAAGUUAAGGGAGAGCUUCAAAGGGGAUCCAAUGAGCUCGCUAGGAAGAGAAGCGAAGGGAGUGGAUCUCAAAGUUUCAAGAAGGCCAAGGCAAGAUUUUAGAGCAAGACCCGCACCUCCUCAGUCUCAAGGAUCGACUCGGGUCAAAAGUGGGGGAAAAGGGAAACCCUUCAGAUGUAGGAGAUGUGGUAAGGAGAAUAUCGGGAAAGAUUGUCAAGGUAAUCUGCUCCAAUGUUUCAAGUGUGGAAGGAGAGGCCACAAGGCUUAUGAGUGCCACCUCCAGUCUGACCAGGGAGCCUUGCCAUCUAGCAGAGUGUUUGUGAUGAGCAGAUCGCAGGCUGAGGCCGAGGACUUAGUGGAGGAGGAGACUACAAGUAUCCUUCUUGAGCCUACCUUUUACCUUGAGAUGUACCUUUUUGUGUGGUUCUCCUUGUUACCUUUCUUUGAGUGA